GCUGUCACUGUCAGUUAGUCAAUUCGAGCGAGCGAUGGUGAAUGGAGAGCGGCGAUGCGCUUUCUAAUCGCCAUCUAAUUCGAUUGUUAAUAACACGCGUCUAAAACAAAAUAACGUACGCCUCGAAUACCGCGUCCGUGGAAAAUGAAAGUUUGUGUUAAAACUGGAUAAUUGUCUGUACACGAGGCGAAGCGCUCGAUUAUAAAAUUAUUUUACAGUUUAUUUCAUAAAGAUGGACAAAAAUCGCGAUCGUUGUCUGUUAUUAGUGUCUUAACGCUGUGUUUCGUGAAUAGUGAUGUAUUGUGGCUGAUUUAAGGAUUAUUUAGCCAUUUGUUGACCGAUGCAGCCAUGUCCAGCGACGAGUCAAGCGUGCGUGUUGCAGUCAGGAUACGGCCGCAAACGCCAGCAGAGAUCGUCGAAGGCUGCGCGAUAUGCGCGCGCGCGGGCGGCGCGGCCGGCGACGGCGGUGUAGCCCUGGGCGCUGAACGGGCCUUCACCUUCGACUUCGCUUUCGAGCCUAGCGUCGACCAGCAAGAGGUGUAUGAAACAUGCGUCAGGAAGCUGGUGGAGGCGGCUCUCGAUGGCUACAACGCCACUGUUCUGGCUUAUGGACAGACUGGAUCCGGCAAGACCUACACAAUGGGCAGUGGAUGGGAAGGCGAGGACAGCGACGAAGACCGAAAAGGCAUCAUCCCACGGGCGAUCAGGGAACUGUUUGCGGGCGCGGAGGCGAGAGCGGAGUCCGCGCGCGAGCAAGGCCAGCUGCCGCCGGAGUUCUCCGUUCAAGCUCAGUUCAUAGAGCUUUAUAAUGAAGAUAUUGUGGAUCUGCUGGACCCCGCUAAGGAUCCCUAUGCUAAGGGCGGCCUCAGAAUAACAGAAGACGGUUGCGGCGGCGUGAAAGUCGUCGGCGCAUCCAUGCGCGCCGUCCGCUGCGUCAAAGAGGCCCUCUCCGCCCUCCGCGCAGGCGCUCUCGCUCGCACCACCGCCGCCACGAACAUGAACUCGUCGUCGUCUCGCUCGCACGCGGUCUUCACGCUGCUCAUGAGACAGAGACGGCUGGCGGCUGAUCAGGAGCGGGACGCGGAGGCGGAGGCGCCCGAGCAGUAUGAGACGUUGACUGCUAAAUUCCAUUUUGUGGAUCUGGCGGGCUCGGAGAGGCUGAAAAGGACAGGGGCAACAGGAGAACGCGCAAAAGAGGGCAUCUCCAUCAACUGCGGCCUACUGGCAUUAGGAAAUGUCAUCUCCGCCCUCGGCGACAGAACAAGAAAAGUCAUGCACGUGCCGUAUCGAGACUCUAAGCUUACUAGGCUACUUCAGGACUCGUUGGGAGGUAACAGCAACACCGUAAUGAUAGCCUGCGUGUCGCCAAGCGAUCGCGACUUCAUGGAAACCCUCAACACGCUCAAAUACGCGAACAGAGCGCGCAACAUCAAGAACAGAUGCGUCGUGAACCAAGAUCUCACCUCUAGAACCAUCAGCCAACUACGGCAUGAGGUGGCCAGGUUACAGUUAGAGCUUGCUGAAUAUAAACAGGGUAAACGCAUCAUAUCAGAAAACGGCGAGGAAGGCUGGAGCGACGUCGCGCAAGAGAACGCCAUACUAACAGGCGAAGUUGAAUCCCUCCGGCGGCGAGUCAAGGCCAUGCAAGGCACCAUAGACCAACUAUCGGCGAAGAACAGCGAACUGAUUGCCGAGAAGGCUCUUGGGAACUGGGGGCCGAAGGAUGGCAGUCCAGAGGCUGCUGAUUGUUCGCUUACUGCUUUAGUUCAGGGCUACGUAGGCGAGAUAGAAGAGCUCCGAGCUCAACUCAUGGAAGCCAAUGCUCUAUACGAAGCGAGUCGGCGGCGAGAAGCGAUGGCGGCGCGGACACGACACGAGUCCGUGCACGACACGUCCUCGAUCAUCGACGAGGCUAAACGGGAACUGUACAAGGAAAAAGAGCUGCUAGCGCGCAGCAUGGGCGAGCUGGAGUUCCAGCGCAAGCUGAACAUGAGCGACAGCAUGUCGAGCGCCGCCGACGCCGACGCGACGCCCGGCGCCGGCCCCGGCGGCGGCGUGGGCGAGCGCGAGCGCGCCGAGGGCGAGAGCGCCGACGACGACGAGCCCUCCGACCAGGACUCCGACUCGGAGGCCGACGAGCGGGAGGAGGAGGAAGUCAAAGCCCAACGCGCGCUCUCCGCCCAACUAACCGCAUUAAGCGACGACAUCGACACCAAAGCGCGUCUCAUCGAACAACUAGAGUUGUCACAACGACGACUAGCAGCGCUGAGACAGCACUACGAACAACGACUCGACACGCUUCACACGCAGAUUAAGGCCACACACGCGGAAAGGGACAAAGUUCUAUCUACUCUUACAUCCCAAGCAUCACCACCGAGUGAAAAACUGAAGCGAGUAAAGGACGAGUACGAGCGCCGUCUGAGCGGCAUGUCGCGCGAGCUGAAGCGUCUCCAAACUGCGGCCAGGGAACAUACCAGACUGCAACGGUCACAAAGACAGACUGCACAACAAAUAUUGACGUUGAAGAAUGAACUGCAUUCCAUGAAACGCGAUAAGGUGAAAUUGAUCCAACGUAUGCGCGAGGAGGCCAAACGACACCAACAGGCCGAAGCGGCAAGAGCCAAGGAGGUGGCGCAACUCCGGAAAGAAUCUCGCAAGAAUGCCAACAUCAUUAGGUCUCUAGAAGCUGAAACAAGAUUAAAAGAACAGGUAUUGAAACGGAAGCAAGAGGAGGUGUCUUUACUCCGACGGGGACACCGAGAUAAGCUGAGCAGCCGGGCCGCGGGAAGGCUUCGCGGUUCUCGGUCCCGCACCUCCUACCGCGAGUCGUGGGCGCGGCUCGAGGCCUGGCUCUCCCGCGCCUGCGCCGCGCGCUCCACGCUCGGCGACCUCGAGAGCGCGCUGGAAAGGCACCUUAAGCAACGGGAACGGGCCAAUCAGGAGGGAGAUGGACCUUUACUUGAGUAUCUGAAGGGGGCUAUAGCUGAUACGCAUCAUCAGAUUAUGCAGAUUGAGGAAGAAAACGAUGAGAACGAGCUGCCCCGCCUGCUAGAACAGAUAGAUUGCGCGGAAGCGGGCCGCUACGCUCUCUCGCGGCUGGCGGGCCUGGCGCUCCAGUACGCGCACGACGCCACCCGCCACCAGCAGGCACUAGCCGAUGCGAGGGCACAAGUCGCGCAGAUGGAGGAAAGCGCCGAGCGAGCGGCCGCAGCGAUGCGCGCGGUGGGCGACCACAACCUGAACCCGUGGGGCGUGGGCGCCGGCGCGCUCGCUGCUAUGUUAGCGCGCGUGUCGUCCGGCACCAGCACGAGAUCCGUGUCGCCGGUGGACGGUUCGUUCCUCGAGCGACCGGUGGUGACCACGAACGGCGUGCGCGAGUCUCACACGGCGCCCGCCUCGCCGCCGGACGACAACAGGAACUCACCCUUCCAACGAAACACUGUUCGCCGGGGAUCCGUGCGCCUUCGUGACCUAGGCGUGUACGGCAAUGAAAACACAGAAGCAGACGUCAUGACGCAAUCGUUAUACGAGCCCGUGUCCCCCAAGCCCAUACCGCUCAGUCGCGUGCCCAGUGCGCCGGGCAGCUUAAGAGGGCUGCAGCCAAUCGCGUCGCCGCUCACGUCGCGGCGGGCCCCGCCCCCCGAGAGCCCUCGGCCAAUCAGGAGGCAGCACAGCUUGGCAAAGCCGGCAUCAUUAGAGGCGAGCGGUGACACGCCGCCCGCGUCGCCCGGCGCUGCGAGACGGGCACGAGACGACGACGUUUUUCUGCGGCUGGCUCCGGCGUCAAAUGAAGCACCCAUGGGAACAGUCAAGGAAAUCGCACCUAAGCGAGUCAGUGGCGGUACUGGUGCGUGGUUACAAUGCACUCACAUAGCGGAAGGCCACGCGGGCGCCGCGCUCUCAUUGGCCGUAGCACCAGAUAUCCUCUAUAGUGGAGGCGUCGAUCGCACAAUUCGCGGCUGGGACCUCCGCUGCGGCGUGGAGUCGUGGCGCGGCUGGUGCGGCGGCGGCGUCAGCGCGCUCGCGGCCGGCGCGGAGAGCGGCGGCGACUCGCGGCUCGUGCUCGGCGCGGCCGGCGCCGCUGUCAGGCUGUUCGACACCAGGACACGGACGCCGGUUCACACGCUGUGGUCAUCAGGAGCAGUAGGCGCAGUGCCGGCAGCUAGAGGAGUAGCGGGCGAGGUGGCCAUCACCGCUCUCGCUCUAGCAUCACCUCGGCGUCUUUAUACCGCCGCUGGUGAUAAGCUUCGAUUGUGGGAUCUGCGCAUGAUGGAGUGCGUCUGCAAACUGUGGAGCGGUCACGCGGCGGCCGUCAUGUGCCUGGCGCUGGGCCGAGCGCCCGCCGGGGACCUGGUGGCCACCGGCUCUAAGGACCACUAUGUGCGGACUUUGGACAUGUGUCCGCAAGAUACAGGAGGCUGGGAGGCAUGCAACCGACGUCUACUAGAGCCGCCACACUACGACGGCGUGCAAGCCCUGGCGCUCUCGGGUUCCGCCCUGUUCAGCGCCUCAAGAGACUCCAGCCUCAAGCGGUGGAGUCUCACUGACAACACGCUCACACACACCGUGAUGAACGCCCACAAGGGCUGGGUGACGGGCGUGGCCGUGGUGGGGUCGGAGGCGGCGGCGGCCGACGGCGGCGCGCUGGUGGCGUCGUGCGGGCGCGACGCGGCGCUGCGGCUGUGGAGCGCCGCGCUGCGCCCCGCCGCGCCGCCCGCCUCUCUACAAGAUGCGCCACACGCUUUGAAGGCUGGCCACCAUGGGGACACGCUGUAUACGGCCGGGAACGGCGGCGACGUGCGCGUGUGGCGUGUGCUGCAGGACUCCUGA